AUGGCAGACUUCAUCGUCCCCUCAUCAGCUCGUCCAGAAACAGAUGCCCAGCAUCGGUUGAGAGGUCCAAUCCACGCACAACGUCAUGUCCGCGUAGUGUGCAUUGGAGCCGGUGCUUCAGGCCUUUUGAUGGCAUACAAGCUGCAAAAGCACUUUUCAAAUUACAGCCUCCAGGUGUAUGAGAAAAACACCGAGGUUUCAGGGACGUGGUUCGAGAAUCGAUAUCCGGGAUGUGCUUGUGAUGUCCCAUCUCACAACUACACGUGGUCCUUCGAACCCAAGCUCGACUGGUCCGCCGUGUACGCCAGCUCCAAGGAAAUAUUCGCUUACUUCAAUGACUUUGCGCGCAAGUAUGGGCUGCACAAAUACGUCAAGACUCAACACCAGGUUGAGAGAGCCGAAUGGAACAAGGAGAAGGGCGGAUAUGAUGUGCAGGUCAAAGACCUUGCGAGUGGCCAGCUAGUGCACGACCACUGCGAUAUCCUUGUGAAUGCGUCAGGUAUUUUGAAUAACUGGCAAUGGCCUGCCAUUCCAGGACUGGACAAGUACAAGGGCACCCUGCUACAUACUGCGAACUGGGAUGACAAAGUUGACCUGAAGGGUCGUCAUGUAGGGUUGAUUGGCAAUGGCUCCUCCGGCAUCCAAGUCCUCCCCACAAUACAACCCUACGUCAAGAAAAUCACAACCUUCAUUCGCGAACCCACCUGGGUGUCACCUGUCCAAGGUCUCGAGCAACAUGUCUUCUCUGAGCACGAGAAACUCGAAUUUGCUACCAAGCCCGGUACUCUGGUCGAAUACCGCAAGAAAAUUGAGCGGGGUCUCAACGGCCAGUUUGGGAUUUUCCUGAAAGGAAGCAACAUCAACACGGAAACAGAAACCUAUUUCCGCCAACAAAUGACAGAGAAGUUACAGAAUAAGUACCUCGAGGAGCGCCUGAUUCCAAACUGGCAUGUCGGUUGCCGUCGCUUGACGCCCGGUGUUGGCUAUCUCGAAGCCCUGGGCAAGCCCAAUGUUGAGACGGUGUACGGCGAGAUUAAUGAAAUCACCGAGCGCGGCUGCCUUUGCUCCGACGGAAACGAGUACCCCAUCGACGUCCUCAUAUGCGCAACAGGCUUCAACACAUCCUUCAAGCCGCGCUUCCCCGUCAUCAACCCCGCAGGCCAAAACCUGCAAGAUAUCUGGGCCAAAGAGCCACGCUCAUACUUCGGUGUCGCAGCCGCAGACUUCCCCAACUACCUCAUUUUCCUCGGCCCGAAUUGUCCUAUCGGCAAUGGGCCUGUGCUAAGCGCGAUCGAGUGCCAGGCAGAUUACAUGUGCAAGCUCAUCGACCGCUUCCAGACACACAACAUCUCGCAAUUCGCACCGAAGGCCGAAGCCAUUGAUGAUUUCCUACAGUUCAAGGAUGAUUUCAUGAAGGGCACCGUUUGGCACGAUGCAUGCCGUUCCUGGUACAAGUCCCUUGGCGCGGACGGGCCUGUCACGGCUCUCUGGCCCGGAUCAACGCUCCACUACAUCGAAGCGCUUAUGGAAGUAAGGCAUGAUGACUGGGAAGUCAAGUAUAGCGGUAAUCGCUUCGCUUGGCUCGGCAACGGGUACUCACAGACGGAGAUCGAUCCUACAGCGGAUUGGGCAUUUUAUAUUAGGGACAAGGAUGAUGACGAGCCAUUUUCGCGACGGAGGAAACUGCAGAUAAUUAACAAGAGUGGAACGAUAGCGGCAUCUGAGGCAGUAAGCUUUACGGGAAAUAAAGUGGAUGGGAAUACGAAGGGUGUUGAGGCGAAGCUGUGAGGUGAGUUAGCUAACUAGUCGGCAAGCCUGGAUAACAUUUCAAUGUAAAUAGCAGAAUUAUGUCUUCAUCAAUAUCCAC